AUGAAAAUUCUCUCAGAGCAUCCCGAGUGGGGAGGAGAAGGACGAAGGAUCACCGUCAAAAGUCUCCAGCAACUAGGAAGUGAAGUCACAGCAAAGCACAAUCAUAUAAACCCAAAGUCGAUCCACGGAGACAGUCAGGUCUCCUCCGUCCAUCUUGAGGCCUGUUGGAAGGCUGGCCAUCAAACUGCAACAGAACAUCUGAAGAAGGCUGGCCUUUACCCUCCUUUCGAUGACAUGGACGCAGUGGGUGGAUAUGAUAUCCUUUGUCCAUUUGGUGGCGGUAAAAUGGUUCUUGCCGAAGGCCAGUUGGCAGACAGUGAAGUUGAAGAGCCCAAUGAAGACGGAGAGGACAACAACAGCCGCAGUGAUGAGUCCUUGCAGCCGUCAGAUUUAGAACCAGACUUGGAGGAUCAUGCUGGGUAUGAGGCUGAGCAGAACGGAGAGAAGAAAGUCAAUGCGUGGAUCUCAAUUGAUGGAAGCGAAAAGACCGCUCACAAGGCAACCAUACUUUGCAUCUUUGGAGACCCCUUCUCCCCAUUCAACUCAAAGAAACGGCUCAAACGGGUUAUGACCACUCGAGGUUUUGGGCAAUAUCGUGAUGGUCGGUUAUCUGAACAGUGUGAAGAUCAGUUGGAGGAAGGGAAAAUGAUACAGAGCGAGGACCCUGCACUUACUGUUGUAGGAUGUGAGGACCAGGUGUUUGUUGCCGUUGUCAAGAUUAUGGAAGUUGUCCAGUCCGGAUCCUCGCUUCGAAGCCUACCCAUGAGAUUCCUUCAUGAGCCAAACACAGUCCUCCACUGCCAUAUCAUGGCUCUGACACUUGUUGAUGAGGAAUAUCAGCCCACAGGAAAUGAUUGGCACUGGAAUGGAAACUUUGUACCUGGAGGUGUUAUCCGUAAUAUACCUGGCUGUGCUGUGGACCUCAUCAAUCCAGAUUUGGAAUGUAGUACAAAGGUUAAAGUGCUGACCGAAACAUUCGCUUUUCAGACACAAGAGCUAGUUGCACUAGGAAUGGUUAUCUGUGAACAUAUCUCACAGAACCUACCUACCAUUCCAGUCAUCCAAGUUACCAAGAACUUCCUCUAUCGUACCUCAAGUGGCGACGCUUGCCUGAUGUGCGAGACCUCGGAAAACCGUUCUCGUACCCUUCAGAAUGGCCGUCGAUUCUGCCUGUACUGCAGUGUCUGCCUCUCCGAUUUGACUGUCCCUUGA